AUGGUGAAGCUUGCAAAGGCUGGUAAAAAUCAAGGUGACCCCAAGAAAAUGGCUCCUCCUCCAAAGAAGGUAGAAGAAGAUAGUGAAGAUGAAGAAAUGUCAGAUGAAGAAGAUGAAAGCAGUGGAGAAGAGAUUAUCAUUCCUCAGAAAAAAGGCAAGAAGACUACCAUAACUCCAGGAAAGAAGGUGAUGGUUUCCCCAACAAAAAAGAUUGCAACGGGUAUCAGUGAUGUUUUUGCUAAAAACGAUCUUGCUGUUGUGGAUGUCAGAAUUGGUGUGUCGAGGAAGUUUGGCUAUGUGGAUUUUGAAUCUGCUGAGGACCUGGAAAAAGCCUUAGAAUUCACUCGUUUAAAAGUCUUUGGCAAUGAAAUUAAACUAGAAAAACCAAAGGGAAAAGACAGUAAAAAAGAUCGAGAUGCAAGAACACUUUUGGCAAAAAAAUCUGCCUUAUGUGGUAAAGUUACUCAGGAUGAAUUAAAAGAAGUGUUUGAAGAUGCUAUGGAGACCAGAUUAGUCAGCAAGGAUGGGAAGAAUAAAGGGAUUGCUUAUAUUGAAUUUAAGACAGAAGCUGAUGCAGAGAAAACCUUGGAAGAAAAGCAAGGGACAGAAAUAGAUGGGCGAUCCAUUUCUCUGUACUAUACUGAAGGUCAAAAUCGAGACCAUAGGGAUGGAAAGAACAGCACUUGGAGUGGUGAAUCAAAAACUCUUGUUUUAAGCAACCUUUCCUACAGUGCAACAGAAGAAACUCUUCAGGAAGUAUUUGAAAAGGCAACUUUUAUCAAAGUGCUCCAGAACCAAAAUGGCAAAUCUAAAGGGUAUGCAUUUAUAGAAUUUGCUUUAUUUGAAGAUGUUAAAGAAGCUUUAAAUUCCUGUAAUAAAAGAGAAAUUGAGGGCAGAGCAAUCAGGCUGGAAUUGCAAGGACCCAGAGGAUUGCCUAAUGCAAGAAGCCAGCCAUCCAAAACUCUAUUUGUCAAAGGUCUGUCGAGGAGACUACGGAAGAGACAUUGAAGGAGUCCAUUUGAUGGCUCUGUCCGGGCAAGGAUAGUGACUGACUGGGAUACGGGCUCUUCCAAAGGGUUUGGUUUUGUAGACUUCAAUAGUGUGGAAGAUGCCAAAGCUGCUAAGGAGGCCAUGGAAGAUGGUGAAAUUGAUGGAAACAAAGUUACUUUGGAUUGGGCCAAGCCUAAGGGUGAGGGUGGCUUCGGGGGCCAUGGUGGAGGCAGAGGUGGCUUUGGAGGCAGAGGGGGCCGAGGUAGACUUGGUGGCAGAGGCCGGGGAGGUUUUGAAGGUCAAGGAGGCUUCCGAGGAGGCAGAGGAGGAGGAGGAGACCAUAAGCCACAAGAAAAGAAGAUGAAGUUUGAAUAGUUUCUUCUAUCCCUCUUUCCCUCUUCCAUUUGAAAAAGAAAGGACUCUGGUGUUUUUACUAUGUUACCUGAUCAAUGACAGAGCCUUCUAAGGACAUUCCAAGACAGUAUACAGUCCUGUGGUCUACUUGGAAAUCCAUUUAGAUAACAUUUCAAAGGAGAUAACCUGUUGGUUUUGACUGGAUAUUCGUAUAAACUUUUUAAAGAGAUGAGUGGUAGAGCUAACCCUUAUCUGUAAGUUUUGAAUUUAUAUUGUUUCUUCCCGUGUACAAAACCAUUUUUUUCCUACAAA